AUGCUUUUUAACGCCGCUGUCUCGCUGAAGGCCAGACGCUCGGCGGCCUCCCUCCUACCCCAGGGGGAAGGGGGUUUGCGGAGGCCCGCUCUUGUGUCGGAGGCGGCGGGAGAAGCCUCUCACUGCUUCACCGCGGAGAAGCGGAGUUUUGACGCACCCCACCCCACCCCACCCCCGGCUGGCAAGGAUGUCCAGCUCCUCUAUCUGAUGCUGGGAUGGAAAGUCACAGCCCGCAAGCCGGAGGAGUUGGCCGCCGUGAGAUGCCCAGCGCCCGUCUCGCCGGCUAGGCAGUCGCGUCCCGCGGGGCUGCACCCUGAACGCGGAGAUCCGAGCGCCCCCGCCCGGAGCCUGGGCCGGCGCGCUCGUGGACUGGCUGGUACCUGGAGGGCAGGGCUGGGCCGUUCCCGCGCACACCCCUCGCGGAAGGACGACGGGACGAGCCCGCGCAGCGGUGCAGCGGCGGGAGGAAAGGGAGCCUGCCUCUCCUUUUCCUCCUGUGGGUCCCCUCCGGCGUGGGGAGCCUGGGACCCGGCGUGCGCGCGCAGGAGCUCCCUCUCCAGCUCCGGGGGCGCUUCGCCAGGAGGGAGUUUCCGCCUCGGGGACCGAGGGGCUGGAGAAGCCCUCUUGGAGUGACACCCCCGCGACACGCCCCGAUUUCGCCUAAGGAGCUGAAGGCUACUGGACACCUGGACUUCUCGCCUCCUCCGCGCGCCCUCUCCGCCCCCCGGCGCGCAGCUCGCGGGCCGCCGGGCGCCCCGUCGGGGGCGGCUC